UACGCAUGCGUAGAUUGUGUUAAACAGGAAGUGGGAUGUUUUAGUUUUGAAGAGUACUGUUAUGUGCCUCUUGUCGGUUAAUGAGCUGAUGCUUGUUCGUGUGUAUAUUCGAUAUAUGUUUGUAAGUUUGAUUCUGUGUUUGUGACAAAAACGAAUAAAGCUUGUUUAAAAAAACAAUAAAAUAAAAAAAAACAGUAGGCUAACACAUGCUAGGCUACGUGGACUGCCACUGUCACAUCUCUGCAAGGGAUUUUGACAAAGAUGUAGAAGAAGUGAUUGAAAGUUCAAAAAAGGCUGGACUGCUGGCAUUGUUAGCCGUUGCCGAGCAUGCUGGUGAAUUCAGUAAAAUCAUAGAGCUGUCACAGAGGUUUCCUGGUUUUGUUUUCCCAUGUUUAGGAGUCCAUCCUGUUCAAGAAGUUUCCCCAGAGCAGCAGAGAGGCGCUUCUCUACAGGAUCUUGAUGCAGCUCUACCAGUCAUACAGAAAUACAAAGAUGAACUUGUUGCCAUUGGAGAGGUUGGCCUGGAUUUUACACCCAGGUUAGUCAGUAGUGAAUCUGAUAAAGAGAAUCAGAGGCAGGUCCUGAUUCAUCAAGCACAGAUCGCCAAGGAGCUGGAUCUCCCUCUAAAUGUUCAUUCAAGAUCAGCAGGAAGACCCACCAUCCACCUCCUGAAGGAACAAGGUGUCGACAAAGCCCUUCUUCAUGCUUUUGAUGGGAAACCGUCUGUUGCGAUGGAGGGAGUGAAGGCUGGAUAUUUCUUUUCAAUCCCACCUUCCAUAAUCCGCAGUGAGCAGAAGCAGAAACUUGUGAAACAGUUGCCUCUGGAGAACAUCUGUCUGGAAACAGAUUCACCAGCUCUCGGUCCAGAAAAGCAGGUGAGAAAUGAGCCUAAAAACAUCAUCAUCUCUGCCGAGUUCAUCAGUAAGAUCAAGGGAGUGUCCCUGGAGACGGUGAUGGAGGUGACGACUCAGAACGCUCUGCGACUCUUCCCCAAGCUGAAGUCUGCCGGUGUGGAAAAUCCUCCAGUCCUCUGUUUUCAGAGCAAAUAUUCUAUAUAACUGUAUAUUUUAUUGGAACAUGAGUUGUUUGCUGAAUAAGAUCAGUGUUAAAUUCAAACAUUAAAAGCUUAAAAUAAAACAUAUUGACACUA